GACCACAACGACUGUCACUUCUCAUGUGUCGUUCAAUACAUUAUAUUUCCUUCGCAUACCAUCACUGCAUCUAAAGAGAGCUUAUCAGACGACGAAGAGUCGGAAUUAACUGAAGACGACGGAGAACUACAACUCAUAACCGAGUGUUGGGUUGAGCCACAGAAUGGAAUUUCGUUUGAUUGCAGUAAUCGUAACAAAUUUCUCGAGGGAUUAGACUAUAAGGAGAUCUCACAGUCGUUCUAUGCCAUUGAUUUGGAAGCCAUUUCAUGCCUCUUAACGUUUGAACAAACGCUCAUUUUGUGCCAAAACGAUGCCAUCGAGACACCAAUCGAUGACAUCCCCGUCUCUAACACGGAAUCGCCUCAACAUAAUCUGAAACACUCAACAAGCAAACUAUUGGGCACUUCCACCCCCGAUAUCCCACUCAUUAUGCCACCCAUUCCUAAAUCAGAGCGCAUUAAAACAAAUAAGUAUUGCUAUGAUAUCAUGGGAUUACUGUCGAAAUCACAGCAGGCAGUCGUCCUCUUCUCCACUCUAUUCCAAGAGUUGAGAAGUGGUAACACAGAAGACACUCAUUCCGUCAACUUUUCCGACGUUUCAAAUGAGCUUUUCUUCGAGCUUUUGAUCUCUAAAAUCAAUGCAAUUCACGACAAAGAGAUAAAACUGAGUCAAAAAGAUUGCAAUUCUUUUUCUUUACAAUCCAUACCAUUGUUGUCCACUUCAACCGGCAUUUGUGACGACGAGACCACUUAUUUGGGAUACUUUAGCACUCAUAAGACAAUGAUCUUACAGAUCCUUCAGGACAAGGCUAACAACCCUCAGACACAACUGACCGAAGAUGUAGAGAUCGAAGAAGUCGAGACCGAAGAGGUGGAGACCGAAGAACUCGAGACCGAAGAAGACAAGACCGCGGCCAUUGACUGCCGUCGAGAGCAUCUCUGGACAUGUCUUUUGCCUCGAAAGACAAAUAAUAGCGAAUCAGAUGACACGCACUUAACUAUCACUGAGUUUGACGAACUCUUGAGUUUAGUGGACACCAUGUCAUUGAGUCAAUACGACCCCCGUUUGGUACCAUUCACUUGUCUGCACUUAUCAUGGUCUUUAGUCAGAGUUCUUGAGAUAUGUCUCGUAUUCAAGAAGCAGAUGACAAAUAAGACGAGAGAAUCCUUUCUGGAAUCCUAUACUCAAUGCCAUACUCUGGUCGAGGAGUUUAUUAAUGGAUGCGCUUAUUAUAUGUGGUCUGCAAUCCCUUAAUCAUUAAACCAAUAUUUGUUUUAUUAAUUGACAGCUAAUUUGUGGCAAAACUGUAUAAAUUUCUCAAUCAAUUCAUUGUUCAAAAAAUUUGGUACAAAAUUAUCUCAAUUGUCUAAUAUUUAUACCGGUGGAAAUUAGUCGGUUUUUUGUUGAAUUUUUAACAUUUCAGAGCUUAUAUAACCCGUUAUUUUACUACUAUUUUUAUAAAC